AAAAAUGAGGCUCGAAUGAACCUGUUUACAAUUACAAUAUGACGUCAUGCUGAUGUUCUAGUGUUCUCUCGGUUGACUGAUUGAUUGAUCAGCCUCUAGUGAUUGACAGCCGUUCGAUACGGCGCGCGCUCACGUGAUUCAAAGCCUCCGGAAUACGGCAGCGGAUCACUGACUGAACCCGUACUGCUCGGUGGAGAGGUUUCCUUCGCUUCAGACAACAAACUACACCGAAUACGGCAUCAAGAGUUCUGUCGAGAAAGAGCAGACGGUGGAAAAAAUGGACUUGGCCCAUCAUGGUCUCGUUCUCCUUAAGCGCCUCAAUGCUCAGAGAGAGUUUGGUUUCCUCUGUGACUGUACUGUGGCCAUCGGGGAUGUUCUUUUCAAAGCCCACAAAGCCGUUCUUGCAGCGUUCUCAAACUACUUCCGAAUGCUGUUCAUCCAUCAAGACAGUAACUGUGUUCGACUGAGACCUUCAGACAUACAAGCAGAUAUCUUCAGCUACCUGCUAAACUUAAUGUACACUGGAAAAUUCACCUCACAGCCCAUUGACCCUCUUCGCCUUGAGCAAGGUGUAAAAUUCCUGCAUGCCUACCCUUUAUUACAGGAGGCAAGUCGUCUUAUAAACCCUGAGUCCCAUUAUGUACCUUUGACAAACUCACUUUAUGGAGUACAGAUACCUGAUCAGACUUACACUGGGCCUGAAAGAAAUUCAGCAUGCAAGGAUGGCAUCUCUACUAAAAACUCUGAAAGCGUUAACCGAGAAUUUUUGGACGUUUCUGAUAUGGAUUACAGAUCGCCACAACCUGUCGGGAUUGAGUCACCCACCCAAAAUCCUGCAGCCACAAUGGUCCAACACCUCAAAUAUGGCAUAAUGAGUAAGAGUGGUUCUUCCAGGAAGCAUUACGCCUGUAAUUAUUGUGGAAUCCGUUUUAACCAGAGGUGCAUGUUGAAAGAACAUCUCCUUGUCCACACCAAGCAAGCAGCUGAGCCACAUGUGUUGUCUGUGCAAAAUGAUCACACUAUUGAGCUCGAAGGUCAGGAAAUAGAGGAGGAACAUUUGCAUGCUGACAGUGAUGUUAUUAGCGAUACCGAUCAACAGGCGUGGAUGGAAGACACCCCGCCGCCUUCUGAAACUGCUGAUAUAGACAACCUGGAGGGCACCGAGAUGGGACGUCAAAUGAAACGCAGAAAAUUUGAGUGUCCGACCUGUGCUCGCAAGUUUCUUCAGAAGAGCCACUGGCGUGAGCACAUGUACAUUCACACCGGAAAGCCAUAUAAGUGCAGUGCUUGUGGAAAAAACUUCUGCAGAGCCAAUCAAGCUACUCGACACGUUUGUUCGAGUCCGGACACAGACUCGUACAUUAUGGUCAACAGACAGAGUUUGGUUCUGUGUGGUGGAGAAGACAAUAGUCAAGUGGAAGCUCUCUUUCAGUCUUCUGAAAGACCUUAUAAAUGUAGCAUGUGUGCAGCACCUUUUGCAAGUCCUUCUGAGGUUCCCAAACAUCAGUGUUUGACUGAGAGUGAUGCUGUACCACUGGCAGAAAAUUCACUGGGGGAAAAUCAAAUGAAGGACUUGGAGACAACUACACCUGAAGUAAACAUUCCUUCUUGAAAUGUCAUGCUAAAACAGUCUUAGAUUAUUGCCAGUAUUUAACUGUCUGUAUGUUUGUGUUGUUAUGAACCAAGAGAUGUGUUUUUUUUAAGGUCCACAGCAUUUUCAUGUCUUUUUUUUUUCUAUUGUAAUUUGUGAAUUUGUUUGAAACUAAUAAAAUUCAGAAACUUAAUGUUUCCAAUCAGAAACA